AUGCCGGAAUACAAGGCGCGCAGCGUGACUGCCACGCUCCGAGUCGCGAAGCUGGACAAGACUCUAUCCGGUGCACCCGAAUUGAUGAAGAAGACGGAUGCGCAACACGCCAAACACAUCGAAGAGGUCAUCGCGAAUGGCGACCGGCUUUAUGAACGCCCGAUCGGACCUGAUGGCAGUGAGAAAGGCGCUGCAAGGUUCAUUGGCGAGUACGAGGACUUGCCGUUCUUCAUGGUGGAAGCUGGAGAGCACAUCGCCCAUGUCGCUGAAAGAUAUGCUGUCGUUCCCACCAUCGAGACACCGCCGCCAGCUUCAGCAGUCCCUGAGCUCUCAAAUUUCGAUGCCGUUGCCCAUGAUGCCAGCUCGCCACUUACUUCACUUGGAAACACGCCCUCGUUUGGCACGCCUGAGACCAGCUUCCUCCAAGAAUCUCAAGAUCAGAGUCUCGACCUCUCGCGCCAUGAUUCUGUCCUGGAGCCUCCACCGAAAGAGCAGACACCACCAGCGCCAAUUUUACGGGCGCUUGGUGGCUUCCCACCGAAGCAAUACCGCAGAGAGCCGACCGCAGAGUCUCAAGCAAUCUCACUUACUCUCGAAAUCGGUUGCAAAGCACGCGCGCGCAAGGAGGAUGUGAAGAUGGAAGUCUUUCUCAACGGCACAUUGGUGGGCGCCGAUUACAUCAACACGAAGCGCUUCACGCUCACGCAGGAGAGCUCGCUGUACACUCAGCACUUCCAUGGCACAAGACUCCAUGUUCAGAUUGAGAAGCCAUGGAUCUACCGUGCUGCUGAUCACGCCUCUCAGAGUCAGAUCUCCGCUGAGGAACGCUGGUCUGCGGUCGCGGAGUUGAUUGCACAAGAGGCGAAUAUUAGAGGAUGUGAUGCCAAAGGGAUGCCUGCGCCGAGCGCAGAGUAUCUCAAUGCGCUGUCGAGUGUCGCGAUUGCUGAGCGCCUGAAAGACAAGCCCCAGAGCACCAUCAUUGAUGUUGUUGUGACUACUGGCGAAGGUCGCAAGUUUUCCUCAAACCAUGCGUUUAUCACCGAGCCGCUUCGCCUGAGCUCCGCUAAGCAUGGAGAGCGGACGAAGAGCUCUGAGCAGGUGGAUCCACCGGUAGAUAAAGCCGCGACUGUACAGGAUGUCGAAAUGGAAGAUGCUGCCAUAGAUGAAGUGCAGACCGUCGAUCAGAACCCUACCGCCACGGACUCUUCGGAUACAGCCCCUGUGCUACCAUCGACCUCUCCAGACAUACCACUCGCUCGACGAACGCGUAGCUUCUCAGAGCCUGAAGCACAAGAGACCCUGACUGCUUCUCCGCCCAAGAAAGGCCUCACGCCGAUCAUAGAGAAAGGUACUACCCCAGGCAAGAAAGUCACUGCCGCACGAGAGAAGGUCGAUGCCCUCGCAAAGGAGCUUGGUAUAUCUCCUCAGAUGAAUAAGCUCGUCGCGAGCUUCAAGAGUAGACGAGGAAAGACAGCAAUCUCCAGAACCGUCACCGAGCGUCUUUCAGACAUUUUGAAGAUGAAUGCAGAGAACCAAGAGAAAGCGAAGCUAGACUUGGUCACUCAACUUUCGAAUGAAGGAGUACUGCCAGCUAAGCCGGCCUCGAUUGAUGGAAGUGGCUUCUCGCCUGUGAAGAAGCAGAAGCUGAACCCGGCCGCAUCGUCUCAGUCUGGUGCUCGGCAAGAAACGCCGGUUCAGAACCUGCCAAAUGCUGCGGAUGUUCCAAUGCCAGAUGUCGGCGAUGAUCCCGUCGCCGCUUUGGCACAAGCCAGGAUGGACACCGCUCUCGACUUUGGCGCUGCACCGAACGGACAUCUCGCCAAGCGAAUCGAAUCCUUGUCACCUCAUCGAACGCCUGUUAAGAGGCUGGGCGGUUCGUCUUGGGGUGUGCCGAUUGAAGGGGAUGUCGCUUUGGAAGGCGCCUCGCAAGAGAUCGCGUCGAGAAACACUUCAGUCUCACCCACGAAGCUCAGACGCGGACGAUCGAAGGUGACCGCUGAUGGUUCUGAAGCCUCUGAGCAGAUGCUGGACAAGGAAGAGCUCGCCGUCCAGCCUGCUGAAGGUCCUCCAGCCUCGAAGUCUCGUUCGGCUGCUACCGGUGGCACCAAGAAGUCGGCUGCACCUACGGUGACUUAUGAUACUACUCCCGAAGAAGCGAUGGCGGCGUUCGAGAUGCCGAAGAUUUGUCAGGGCGGUUCCAUCAGCUACGCGAACCCUGACCAACAUCGGACGGUGGUCAAGCUGCGCCCUGGAGAGUUCAACGAGCAGAGCUUGGUGGUCGGCAUGAGGUUUGUCGUACUGUGA